UAUCAUUAAUUAAUUGUAUGCAACAGAUAUUCUGCAUAGGUUAUACCUGCAUAUGGAAUACCGUUACCAUUUAUGAAUCAAGUACUUAAUUGAAGAAAUUACAAUUAUUAUUUACGAGUGUACACUUUUUUUCAAACAUUUUUAAUGGAUCACAGAAUACUUUUUUUUAAACAUUUAUACACCUAGUUGAGUAAGCAUUACACGGAAAUGAAGUGUAUAAGUUCAAUAUUAGCCUAACAAUUUUUGUUAUGCGACCCGUACAUGAUUAUUUAUAUUACUAUGGAUACAUUUUAGAAUUAAUUCUUCGAAAACUGACAACUGAAGAAAAUUCUGGAUUGAACCAAGAUUUUGAAUAGGGUGUACAGAUGGAAAUGGAUGAAAUAAAUGGUUAUGUUCUCAAAUCUCCUAAACUCAAAUGUUUAUCACUGCAUUCCAAGAAGAAUAUUUGCAGAACAAAUUCUUGCAAGCGACCUGGUAUGGUUUAUAAGAACUUAAUUAAAAAUCAGAAUGCUAUUUGUACCAGUCACUACUUUGAUACGCCUUCUGGUAACCAAUGGAUUCCACCAAGAUCUCCAUAUGCUCUUAUUCAAGAAGACUUGUUUCACAAUCCUUGGCAACUGUUAAUUGCAACUAUAUUUUUAACUAAAGUUAGAGCAAAACUUGCAAUUCCAAAAAUGCAUGAAUUCUUACUGAAAUGGCCAACGCCAGAAGAUGUGAUGAAAGCAAAUACUCAAGAUUUAUUGUGUUCAAUGGAAAAUUUAGGAUUAGAAAAUACUCGAGUUAAAACCAUUAAAGGGUUUACAGCUGAUUUUUUAUCUAAAAACUGGAAGUAUCCAAUAGAGUUGUAUGGGAUUGGUAAGUACGGUAAUGAUUCAUAUAGAAUUUUUUGUGUGAAUGAAUGGAGAACAGUACAACCUGAUGAUAUACUAUUAUCCAAGUAUAAAGAUUGGCUUAUAUUAAAUGAAAAAAAACUCGGGAUUUAAGUUUAUUUAAUUAUUAUUUUUUGUACAUUUAUUUUAUACUGUAAUUUGUCUCAUUUC